AUGCACCCGUGUAGCGGCCUUCACGAAGGCCCGGAUAAGAGAUCGCACGCAAAAGCUAUGGGCUGCACCUUCAAAUCUCUGAAGCUGAGGAGCCUGGGUCUCGCGCUGAGCACCCACGGCACAGCCACAUGCAGGGCACACCGAUGUCGAGGAGCACGGCGGAUCCGACGCCUCACCCUGCUCGCGUCGCCGCCGUCACCACCCGGAGCCGUGCCAGGGCUCGGCCACUUGCCGCUGAUUGGAUUAGGAGCUCUGGGUGUGCCCGGAGCUUUGCAGCCACAUGAGAUCAUGGGGAGUUUGGCUGAUGAUUUUGGCGACGUGAUGCUGCUGCGCUUCGGCACUUCAGACGUAGCUGUUCUGUCGUCACCGGGCGCUGUGGAGGAGGCGCUCUGUACAGAGCCGAUGGCAACUGCUGGGCGACCGUCGCUGCCUUCGGUUCGAAUCAAUGGCUUAUCUCAAGGUCUCUCGACAGCUCAGCCAGAUGAUGCCUGGCGCCAGAUGCGUGCCGUGCUCCUUCAGGAGGCCUUCGCCCCGCCUGCAGUGGCCCGGGCCCGGCCUGCGAUCCGCCGGGAAGCGCAAAGGCUGGUCCGGGCACUGGCGGCCGAAGCUGGCACAGUCGCGGAGGUGCGGUGCCAGCUGCGAACGGCGCUGACGUCGCUUUUGCUGCGCUGGGCGCUGGGCUUGGACUCUGCCUCUCGGCCGGAGGCCAAGGAGCUGGAGAGUCUUAUCGAAGACGCCUGGGCGACGCUGACUGACCCCGUCGUCACAGCCAGCGACUUCGUGGGCGUUGCAGCCCCGGGGGUCCUGGACCGCUUGCCGGAGCUUCGCCGGGAGCGCACACGGCUUCUGCGAUCUUUGAUCACCGAAAGACGGCGAAAUGCAGAACGGGAGCAGCGGGGGGAUUUCUUGGAGGCUCUGCUCCGAUCUCAAAAGAAGCACGGCUUCGGGGAGGACCUGAUUGUUGAGACCCUGGUGUCGCUUACCACUGCUGGCAUCAGCACGGUCGCGACAGCCCUCGAGUGGCUGCUCUUGCUGCUGGCUCGGGAUGAAGUUGCACAAGGCAAAGCUCGGGCGGAUGUUUGCCAGGGAGGCAGAGAGACGCCGUAUCUGGAAGCUUGCAUUCUGGAGACGCUGCGCUUGAAGACUCCGCUCUUCGUGCCGCGGAAGUGCCUCAAGCAAGUCGAGGUUUCGGGCUUCCAACUGCCCGAAGGAACCCUCCUUCUGCCGGACUCCUACAAAUUGGCACAUGAUCCGUCAGCGUGGGAGGCUCCGAAUGAAUUCCGACCCGAACGUUUCCUUGGCCCCGAUGCACCGAAGGCGCGGCCGGAAUUGAAGCCGAAGUGCCCCUUCGCUCAAGGCUGGGACUCCAGCUCCACACCCUUCAAAUACCUGCCCUUCGGUGUGGGAGCCCGCUUCUGUCCGGGCGCGACGCUGGCAGUGGAGCAGCUGCGGCUGUUUGCCGCCGAACUCCUCAUGGCCCUUCAGUGGCGUCCCGCUGGUAAUUUGGACCUCUCGGAGGCCUACUCCUUCACACUCACACCCGCUGCGCCUGCGCGGCUGAUCUUUGGAGCAGCGCCACGGAUGGACCGCAGACCUGCACAGAGAAAAACAAAAAAUGGGAGUUCAACUGUCUGCUUCAUGGUCGCGGCCAGUUUCAGGGCAAGGCAAAGCGAGGACGGUGCUUGUAUUCUUGUCAGGAAUGUCGUGUUUCAGGUGGGCUUCUCUGAACAACUCAGUGUCAGACAGAAGGGGAAUGCCUUGUAG